UAUUGAGUCACUGUAUCUGUCUAAUUGGCUGCCUAGAAGUAACUUCAAAACACGUCAAAUACCUUCAAAUACUGACAACUAACAUUACUUGUAAUGUUGGUUGCCUGAAUUUCGUUCUUCUAAGUAUAGAACUGCUAAAAAAUGGCUGCCGGAACUCUAUACACCUACCCCGACAAUUUUCGAGCGGCCAAGGCGUUGAUCGCCGCUCAAUACUCGAAGGCCGACGUAAAAGUUGCCCAGAAUUUUGUGUUUGGGGAAACCAACAAAACUAAAGAGUUUCAACAAAAAUUUCCCGGCGGAAAGGUUCCAGCCUUUGAAGGCAAAAACGGACAACUUUUGCAAGACAGCAACGCUAUCGCCUUCUUUGUAUCCAACGAUCAAUUGAAGGGCAAGGAUGAUUACGAAAAAGCUCAAAUUUUGCAAUGGAUCGGAUUCGCCGAAGGUGAAGUUUUACCAGCAAGCUGCGCGUGGGUUUUCCCUAUCCUGGGAAUUAUCAAAAACAGCCCCAGUUCACAAGAGGCUUUCCAAAGGGCUAAAAACGAUGUACGCAACGCCCUCACAAUUCUCAACAACCACCUAUUAACCAGAACUUACUUGGUUGGAGAACGUAUUUCUUUAGCCGAUAUUGUUGUGGCUAGCAACCUACUUAACCCAUACAAGUACGUUUUGGAUCCAGAAUACAGAAAAGCCUUUGGAAAUGUCAACAGAUGGUUCACCACCCUUAUCAAUCAGCCACAAUUCAAAGCAGUUCUUGGGGAUGUUGUUCUGUGCGACAAACCCGCUCAAGUUGGCGCUGUUCACGCUUCAGGUGAUGCUGGAAAGAAGAAGAAGGAAGAAAAAAAACAAGAAACAAAACAAGAAAAACCUAAAAAAGAAGCCGCCAAAAAAGAAAAAGAACCUGAAGAAGAACUAGAUGCAGCUGAAGCACUUCUCCUUGCUGAACCCAAAACUAAGGAUCCAUUUGAUUCUAUGCCAAAAGGAACUUUUGUGAUUGACGAUUUCAAACGUUUUUACUCCAAUGAAGACGAAUCCAAGUCUAUCCCUUAUUUCUGGGAAAAAUUCGAUCCUGAAAAUUACUCAAUUUGGUACGGAGAAUACAAAUACCCUGAAGAAUUAUCCAAAGUUUUUAUGAGCUGUAAUCUUAUCACAGGCAUGUUCCAACGUUUGGACAAAAUGCGUAAACAAGCAUUUGGCUCAGUAUGUCUGUUUGGUGAGGACAACAACAGUUCAAUCUCAGGUGUAUGGGUAUGGCGCGGUCAGGAACUUGCCUUCCCACUGAGCCCCGAUUGGACAAUCGACUAUGAGGUCUACGACUGGAAAAAAUUGGACCCCAAGUCUGAAGAAACCAAAAAGCUGGUUCAGCAAUACUUUUCAUGGACCGGUGAAGAUAAGGCCGGUAGGAAAUUCAACCAAGGAAAAGUAUUUAAAUAAACUAAUCAAUUAAUUAAUAAAACUUUAUUGUUUGUCAUUUUUUGUUGAAUUUUUAUUUUCUUUGUAACAUCUUUUUAAGUAUCUCUUUACAUGUGAUUUUUUUCAAAGAAUUAUUCGUUUUUUUUUUUUUCUUUAUUCUCACCAAUUUUCCUUUCUUGUGUUUUAAUUGGGUAGAAAUGAUAAUUAAAAUAAUGUUGCCUUUUA